AUAAAAAAAAAAAAAGUUGAUCUCACACAACUCAGUUAAAAAAAUAAAAACUUAACUUGCUAUCUUCUCCCACCACUGUGAGGGCACAUUUUCGCCGACCCAAAAAAGUUGUACAACAGCAAUGGUGAGCGCUGAAAUUGCUGAAAGUAUAAAAUGGCUGCAUAUGUUCGGACAGGUGAGGUUUAUAUCGCAGGUUGUCGCCAUAAUUUAAAACGGUCCAAUCAUUCAGCUCAUAGCGGCUUAUGAUAUUUUUAACGGCCAUUAAAAAAAAAUCGAACGUGUUUUAGGAAAUUGAAGAUGAUUCGAGGAAUGCGAUCAAGGCGUAGUGAAAUGCCAAUUCCAACAAGAACAGCACCUAAACCUCCUGGAAAUCCAAUUGAUCAAAGAAAUAAUACAUGGAGUAACAAUGACCCGUUUGGCCCUUUAACAAUACCUCAACCAGUUCAAAAAAAGAAACCACCUCCACGGCCACCACCUCCUCGAAUAAAAAACGACAAUAUUCAAAAUCAUUUUACUAAACCAAAAAAACCCACUAGACCAACAGAACUUAUUACAAAUUUAUUUGGAAUCCGAGCUGCUAAACAGCCGCAAGGGAAAUCAUUUUAUUCUAAUAAUCGAUCAUCAACUAUAAAUGGUCAAUCAAACAAUUUACCAGAUGGAACAGUAUCAUUGAUUGAUUUAAGUCCUCCUGGAUCACCUACAUUUACCACAAGAUCAAGUAGUGAUGGUGUUAGUAUCGAUAGUUUUGGAAGUGAUGGAAAUUCAAAUCCAUCCAUAUUUACAAAUAGUGGUAAUACAUCACAAAAUGAAAGUGCCUUUGAAGAUGAUUUUGAUUUUUUUGGCAAUUUAGCUAAUUGUACUAUUCAAAAUGAUCCGUGGAAACAAAAUACAAAUUUUGAUCCAUUUUCACAAGCGAAAAGUACCAAUACAAAUAUGACAAACGGUAUUAAACAUAUUGAUGAAGCCUCUUUUUUCGCUUAUAACAAUAGUCCAAUGCAAUUAUUGACACCAGCAUCUACGACGACCAAUGUCUCUACGAUGCCGACAAUAAUUCGUGUUCGACCUCCAAAACCACCAGCUCCUAAAUCACUUACUACUAGUUUAACGCCAACUGUUCCAAACUUUAGUGUUUCUUCAAGCGGAAAAAAUCAUAAAAUUGUAAAUAACUCUUGUAAAUUCAAUGAAAGUUCAACAUGGCCCACAAAAUUCAAUGAAACAUUUUCUCAUGGUAAUUCUUCACCACCCAUGCCAUCAAUUCCACCACCAGCACCACCACCAGAAUAUUUAACACAAAUAGAAUGUCCAACAACACAAAAAAAAUCAAGACCGCAGGGUAUUGCGUUGUAUGAUUUUGAAGCAACUCAGCCUGGCGAUCUACCAUUAAAAGAAGGCGAUAUUGUUAUUUUGACGAAGAAAAUUAAUGAUGAAUGGUUGGAAGGUCAAGUAGGCAAUCAUACCGGGAUGUUCCCUGCAAAUUUUAUAAAUAUUACGGUACCAUUGCCAGAACAAUCCCUUAAUAUUGUAAAUGCAUUGUAUACUUUCAAUGGAGAAACAUGGGAAGAUUUAAGUUUUGAGGAAGGUGCAAAAAUUACAGUUUUAUCAAAAAUAUCAGACGAUUGGCUUUAUGGUGAAUAUCAAGGUAAAAAAGGACAAUUUCCGACGAAUUAUGUCGAUCGGCUGCCUCAAAAUUUACCGAAAUAUAAUUAAUUUCAAUAAAAGCUAACGCUUAUAAUAACAGUUAACAUGAUUUUAAAUGAAUUAUGUUCUGUAAUUAAUUUUGUAACGUUAAAUCUAAUUUUACAAUUCUUUAUAAUAAGAUACUUUAUAAUUAGUGAAAUGGUAUGAAUAUAUUUUUGCUAAAAAUUA